CGUAAUUUAUUCAUUCAAACUCAACUGAAGGUCGGAUUGGCAUUUUGUCUGUUAUCUUUACUGUCCAAUGUAUUAUUAUAGUGGUUAAUUUCCGAAUAUACAUGCCAGCUUAUGUAACUGAGAGCAUUCCAUAUUAUUAAUUUGGUUGAGUUGUGAAAAUUAGGUUCAAAAAGUUGGUGGAUGGUUAGUUUUUAAUGGUUACAAGGACUUUAUAGUUGUGUUAGCAGUUUUUGAAGUAGCGUGAUACCGAUCAAACACUCAGCGAGGAGAGUUAACCUGCAAAAUUCUAUACAAACACUGUUGAAGAGUACUACGAAUGAGCCAGGAUGGAUCUAUGCUGUAUUGACGAUUUUGAAGAACAUGCCAAAAAAGUUCUGCCGAAAAAUGCUCUGGACUAUUACCGUAGUGGAGCGGCCAGUCAGCUAACACUGCAACUCAAUAUUGAGGCUUUUCAAAGAUUACGCAUCCGCCCACGCGUCAUGCGAGACGUCUCCAACCGUUCGCUGUCCACUUCCGUUCUGGGCCACCAGGUGUCACUUCCGGUGGGCGUGGCCCCGACCGCCAUGCAGCGAAUGGCGCAUGCGCAAGGCGAACUGGCCAAUGCGCGCGCAGCUGGCAAAUGUGGCACCAUCUAUGUGAUGUCAACACUGGCCACAAGUAGUCUGGAGGAGGUAGCUGAAGCGGCUCCCGAUACUAUUAGAUGGUUUCAGCUCUACAUCUACAAAAAUAGGAAGCUGACAGCUGAACUGGUGAGAAGAGCUGAGAGAACAGGUUGGAAAGCAUUGGUACUCACAGUGGAUGCCCCCGUCUUUGGAGUCAGAUAUGCAGAUGCUAGAAACAAAUUCAAAUUACCACCGCAUCUCAGACUAGCUAACUUUGAAGGAAUGUUAGCUGACAAAAUAACUUCGGCGAAAAAGAUAUCAGGACUAAACGAAUACGUGAAUGAUCUCUUCGAUGACACGAUCAAUUGGAAGGAUGUCAGCUGGCUCAAAUCAAUCACAAAACUGCCCCUAGUACUGAAAGGAGUACUGACCCCUGAAGAUGCGUUGAUAGCAGCUGAUUUGGGUAUUGAAGCCAUUGUCGUAUCCAAUCACGGAGCUAGACAACUGGACACUGUUCCUGCCUCUAUAGAAGUGCUGCCCUCCAUAGUAUCAGCCGUCGGCGGGCGAAUGGAGGUCUACCUAGACGGUGGCAUCAGACAAGGCACGGACGUCUUCAAGGCACUCGCCCUGGGGGCAAAAAUGGUGUUCAUGGGGCGUCCGGCCCUCUGGGGGCUUGCCCACAGCGGGCAGAAGGGCGUAGAAAGGGUGAUAGACAUCUUGCGGAAUGAGUUCGAUACUGCCCUGGCGCUAACUGGGUGCACAAGUGUUAAAGAUAUCAGGAAAGAAAUGGUUGUACACGAAAGUGAAUAUAGCAAACUGUGAGUAGUUAUUUACAAAUAAAUAUAAAAAAUAAAAUGAA